AUGGCCCCACUAGGCCAAGAAGUCGACGUCGCUGUCAUCGACGAAAUCCAAAUGAUUGGCGAUCUUCACAGAGGUUGGGCAUGGACUAGAGCGUUGCUCGGUGCCCCAGCCAAAGAAGUCCAUCUAUGCGGGGAAGAGCGAGUUGUACCUUUGAUCCGCGAACUCGCUGCGUUGACAGGCGAUAAAUUGACUAUCCACCACUAUAAACGCUUGAAUCCCUUAAUCCCAAUGUCAAAAAGCCUGAAAGGGAGCUUACGGGGGCUACAAAAGGGGGAUUGUGUUGUUGCAUUUUCUCGCCUAGGCAUUCAUGCGCUCAAACAAGAAAUAGAAAAAGCCACUGGCCGAAGAGCUGCAAUAGUAUACGGGAGUUUACCCGCGGAAAUUCGAUCUCAACAGGCGGACUUGUUUAAUGAUCCGAAUAAUGAUUACGAUUUCUUAGUCGCUAGUGAUGCUAUUGGUAUGGGACUUAACUUGAGUUGCAAGCGUAUCAUUUUCGAAUCGGUUAUCAAGAGGUCUCCUUCCGGUUUACAGCGAUUAUCGGUAUCUCAAGUCAAGCAAAUCGGAGGACGCGCUGGUCGAUACCGUAGCGCAGCAGAAGCCAUAGACAGCUCCCUAUCACCUAGCGAGGAAAAUCAAAAUGUCGGACUUGUCACAUGUCUUGAGGAAGUUGACCUUCCCCAUAUCCAGAAGUGCCUGAACGCGGAUCCAGAGCCGAUCAGCGCAGCGGGCAUUCUCCCAUUAGAUUCCAUGAUCCUUAACUUUUCUAACCGGUUUCCGCCCACCACGCCAUUCGCAUACCUCUUACAGCGACUAUGGAAGGUUGCGCAAACGCAUCCACGGUUCUUCCUAUGCGAACUCCAAAGCAAAACGGUACAAGAAAUCCUGGAUAGUGUCGUUGGGCUCAGUCCGGCGGAUAAACUUGUCUUUUUAUCUGCUCCGACCUCGACAGCGGAUCCUACCAAUGCCCUAACCUUGAGAGCAUUCGCAACCUGUGUUGCCAGACACACGAGUGGAUCCCUUCUUGAUAUUCCAGAGCUCAAUCUCCAAAUCCUAGAUGCUCCCGUUUCCGGAGAUAAGAAUUAUCUACGCGCUUUGGAAUCUCUUCACCGCUCACUGGUGCUUUAUCUUUGGUUGAGCUUUAGAGUGGGAGGCAUUUUCACUGAUCGGAGCCUCGCUACUCAUGUCAAAGAGAUUGUAGAAAUGAAGAUGGACAGAGCAUUGACUGAGUUCUCGGCCAACUCGAAGUUACGCAAAUCUUCGUCCCUUCAAAAACAAAUCCAGCUGCUCAAACAAUUGAACGCAAACGGAAGCGAAAACAACGCAGAACAAGCCGUCUUUGAUCCACCUCAAAUCCAAUAUCAAAAGAAGUCGUUUGAUAUGGCUACUUGA